AUGAGAAUGGUGUUUGAUUUGGUUGUUUUGGAUCCAAAUGAGGAUGAUUCCAAAAAAUGUUCUGUGAAAUUGCUGGAUGGCGUUCUUGCACUUCUUGAUGCGUUGUUGGUUUUUCAAGAUGCUCCUAGUGAAGAUUGGGGUGAAAUGGCGCGAUUAUCUUUAGGCGUUCUAGUCAAAUGUUCUUCCUCGAGUUGUUCUGAACUGGUUGCAAUGGCUUCUGCCAAAUUACAUGCACUUUUGCAUACAAGGCAAGUCACAAAUGUGAAAGAAGCUGCCUAUCUUCUUUAUGAGCUAAAUAAUACACUGCAGAAAGCAAUUGAAGUUGGAAACUCUGAACAAUAUUCAUUUCUGAUGCCUGUGAUGAAAGCAUUAUUUGAUAAAACUAGACAAGUUCUAUCCUUGAAUGCCAAUAUUCCUGAUCUGCCAGAAACUUCCUCAGGGCCAGUAUUUUUUAAUGAUUUUCAAAUGUAUUCCCAGUCGCAGCAGUGGCAGUCAUUUAUUGAUAAAAAGAUCCGACCUCAGUAUGAAUUAUACAGGCGCGACACGGAAACUUCCUUAGGCGAACCGUUGAAUACAUUCUGGGCAGAAUGUUAUGAAGCAGGUAAAGCCGCAGCAGGAGCAAGAGCGAGGGCUCAACAAGAUAGUCGGGCCAGAUUUCAGGCCCGUGUAGUGGCUCCUUGGCGUGCAAGACAAGCUGAAGAAGUGGCGCGUUUGGCGACCGCCACGGCGCAGCGUCGAAGCAGGGAUUUGCAGGUGGAAAGAGAAUGGAGACACUGCAGGCAGUUUUUGAUGGGAGAGCGCGGUCCUUGGAGGCAGAGCAAAUCAGAAACUGUUCUAUAUCAGCUAUCCCAACAUGAAAAUGCUUCCCGAAUGCGUCUAAAACUCGAACCAUCACCUUUGCCGGUGGACAAUCAUGCUUCUGCAGCAAGUUUGAGAGACAACACCGGUAUUACUGCUGUUAAACAACCAGAAUUUUCUUUGCCAAUCACACCAGCAGUUGUUAGAAGAAGAGACGGUGAUGAAGAUGAAGAAGGGCCUUUGCUUGAGGAGGAGGAGUUGGCCAGGUUGACGGCGGAGGCACAAUUGGCGGCAGAUCAAUCAAAAGAAGAAUCUUCAGGCGUAGGCAGCAUUUCAGGCCCAGGCACACGUGAGCAAAAAGUUGUCAUUUCACAAGAAUGCGAAUUAAUUACCUUAAUGAGCAGAAUUCGUGGAAAAUUUGAUGUGACCACUACCCAUUUAGUUUUCCACGACUUAAGUCCUCUUCGGGAUGAUAGACCCAGGCAGGACCACAGAUGGCCUUUGGCUUCUUUAAGAGAAAUACAUUUGCGGAAGUAUAAUUUGCGUAGAAGUGCCUUGGAAAUCUUUCUGCUGGAUCAAACGAACUACUUUUUCAAUUUCUCUACUAAGACUCGGAACAAGGUAUUUUCCCGAAUAUUGAGCCUGCAACCCCCCAAUAUCCUUUAUGGCAGCGGUCGAUCGCCCUCUGAAUUGCUGCGCGCUUCUGGUCUCACACAACGAUGGCAGAGGCGAGAAAUUUCCAAUUUCGAUUACCUAAUGCACUUGAACACGAUAGCUGGCAGAACAUAUAACGACUUAUCUCAAUACCCCGUUUUUCCAUGGAUACUUACGGAUUACCACAGCGAGGAACUGGAUUUGGAAAAUCCUAACACUUUUAGGGAUCUGUCGAAACCUAUUGGUGUGGUUAAUCCGAAAAACGAAGCGGAGGUACGCGCCAAAUAUGAUAGCUUUGAGGAUCCAACCGGAACAAUCAGCAAAUUUCAUUAUGGAACUCAUUAUUCAAAUUCCGCGGGAGUUUUGCAUUAUCUAAUUCGCGUAGAACCAUUUACAUCUCUUCAUAUUGAACUUCAAAGUGGAAGAUUUGAUGUCGCCGAUCGGCAAUUUCACUCGAUACCGCAAACGUGGAAACUCCUUAUGGACAAUCCGAACGAUGUCAAAGAACUGACACCAGAAUUUUAUUACUUUCCUGAAUUUUUGAGGAAUGUUAAUAAUUUGGAUCUGGGUAGAUUACAAGUAACUAAGGAAAAAGUCGGGGAUGUUGUUUUACCGCCUUGGGCCAGAGAUGCUGAAGAUUUUAUAACCCUUCAUAGGCGAGCUCUUGAAAGCGAACACGUGUCAAAUCAUCUCCAUGAAUGGAUAGACCUGAUUUUCGGCUGCAAACAGAAAGGAGCUAAGGCUGCUAAAGCCUUAAAUGUUUUCUAUUACUGCAGUUACGAAGGCGCAGUAGAUUUGGAUGCUAUUAAAAACCCCAAAGAACGAGAAGCCGUCGAGGGGAUGAUUAAUAAUUUUGGACAGACGCCAAGUCAACUCAUGCGGGAAUCGCAUCCCAAGAGGAUGUCGAAAGAUGAGGCUGCAAAAAGAUUGAUUAGAGGAGAACUAAGAAGGCCCGACAUGACAACAUUCUUGAAUUUGGCAACUCUUUUCACUUGCUCGGAUGCAGCAAGUGAAAAAGAUCCCAUGAUUUACUUGAGUUCACCGCGAUCGCCUCCAAGAUCUUUUCUACAAGCUGGACCAGAUUGUGUAGUCAGUGUUUCGAAAUUGGGAGUAUUGGCCGCUCAUAAUUGGCAGUCAGCUGACAGGAGCAAUCCGCGAGGUUUCAUGUUUGAACCAGAUGCGAGCAUAAACCUACCUAAAGCCAGGAAACGUUUACCAGGACCAUUCCAUCCAGCCUACGUUCCAGAUUCUCGCACUUUCUGUGCUAGUCUGGACGGACGAGUCAUAUAUUGUGGAGGCCUAUGGGACGGUUCCAUCCGAGCCUAUUCUGUGGCACGUGGAAGAUUAUUACAAACAUCUAUCAGGCACAUGGAUGUCGUCACAUGUUUGGCAAUUGAUUCUAGAGGAGGAAUUUUGUUAAGCGGUUCAAAAGAUUGCACAUGUGUUGUAUGGGAGGUGACACCAUGGGCGGGAGGCGCUUCUAGUAAGUUUGACAUUUUAAUCAGGUUAAUAGCAUAUCAAUUCAUAAUAUUGUUUUUAUCCAGAUGGAACAUUACGACACCUGUCAGAGUGCUACGUGGUCAUGAUGCACCAGUGACCUGCGUUGCUUUACAUGGAGAACUGGACGUUGCCAUCAGCGGUUCAGAGGAUGGAACCGUCAAUGUGCAUGCCUUGCGAUCUGGACGGUAUGUCAGAACUCUCAGACCCAAAGGAUGUGAGAUUCCACGGAUAAUUAUCGAGUAUACGGAAAUGUCAGCCCAAGGUCACGCUGUAUUUUCUGCCCGGGACCGUUGCGGAUGUUCUUUGCAUGUGUUCACAGUGAAUGGUACCUGGGUUGGUUCUAAACGAGUUUCCGGUCGUGUGACCGGGUUGGCAACCGCUGGCGAUAAUGUCGUUUGUGUUGACGACGCCGGAGACUUGACAAUGAGCCGAUUACAAGGAUUAAAACCAGUCUUCGACAUUCCCCUCCACGUGCCAAUUCAGAGUGUUUGUGUGGCUCCUGGUAACACACACAUCUUGUGCCCUCUAAGAGAUGGAAGGUUGGCGGUUCUUGGUCCACCAGUUCCACAAUCAAAAGGAAACUCAUCAAAAUCUAUUCAUCAGGCCGAGUUGUGGUGGUCAUCACAUAUUUAG